UUUGUGGUGGGGACUGGCCUGUGCACUGUGGGAUGUUUAGCAGCCUCCCUGGUCUCCACUCCAUACCGAUACCAUUUCCCCAUUCAGUUAGGACAACCAAGUGUCUGCAGACAAUUCCGAGGUCCCUCGGGGGCAGCACCAUCCCUGGUGGAGACGCGGAGUGAGUGGUCCCUGUUGUCAUUAACCAAGACCUCUCGCACCCCCUCCCGCCUCCCGCUCUUGCUGGCAGCUCUCCGCCGUCAGUUACAUACUGUCUACCAGUCCGUGGACCUGCCCGAGACACACCAGAUGCUGCGUCAGACCUGCCGGGACUUUGCUGAGAAGGAGCUGUUUCCCAUCGCGGCCGAGAUAGACAAGGAACACCGCUUCCCAGCGGCUCAGGUGAAGAAGAUGGGCGGGCUCGGGCUCCUGGCCAUGGACGUGCCGGAGGAGCUGGGUGGCGCCGGCCUCGACUACCUGGCCUAUGCUAUCGCCAUGGAGGAGAUCAGCCGGGGCUGUGCCUCCACCGGCGUCAUCAUGAGUGUCAACAACUCCCUCUACUUGGGGCCCAUCAUGAAGUUUGGGUCCAAGGAGCAGAAGCAGAAGUGGGUCACGCCUUUCACCAGCGGCGACAAGAUUGGCUGCUUUGCCCUCAGCGAGCCAGGCAAUGGCAGCGACGCGGGAGCCGCAGCCACCUCCGCCCGGGCAGAGGGUGACUCCUGGGUCCUGAAUGGCACCAAAGCCUGGAUCACCAACUGCUGGGACGCCUCGGCCACUGUGGUCUUCGCCAGCACCGACAGGUCCCUGCACCACAAGGGCAUCAGUGCCUUCCUGGUUCCCAUGCCAACGCCCGGGCUCUCGCUGGGGAAGAAGGAAGACAAGCUGGGCAUCCGGGCCUCGUCCACGGCCAACCUCAUCUUUGAGGACUGUCGCAUCCCCAAGGACAACCUGCUGGGGGAGCUGGGGAUGGGCUUCAAGAUAGCCAUGCAAACCCUGGACAUGGGCCGCAUUGGCAUCGCCUCCCAGGCACUGGGCAUCGCCCAGGCCGCCCUGGACUGUGCUGUGAACUAUGCUGAGAAUCGCAAGGCCUUUGGGGCGCCCAUCACCAAGCUCCAGGGCAUCCAGUUCAAGUUGGCGGACAUGGCCCUGGCCCUGGAGAGUGCCCGGCUGCUGACCUGGCGCGCCGCCAUGCUGAAGGACAACAAGAAGCCUUUCACCAAGGAGGCAGCGAUGGCCAAGCUGGCUGCAUCGGAGGCCGCGACUGCCAUCAGCCACCAGGCCAUUCAGAUCCUGGGUGGCAUGGGCUACGUGACAGAGAUGCCGGCCGAGCGGCACUACCGCGACGCCCGCAUCACCGAGAUCUACGAGGGCACCAGUGAGAUCCAGAGGCUGGUCAUCGCGGGCCACCUGCUCAAGAGCUACCGGAGCUGAGCCCCGGGGCUGGCCACACCCAGCCCGCGGCUGCGGACCUGACUGUGGGAAGGAGUGGGAGCCACGUGGCCCUGACCCGACUCCAGACACGGCGGACAGGCAGGGGCCAGGCCACCGCCCAGCCCUCCUGGUGACCAACGUGCCAGACCGACGUGCGCAUCCCUGGAGAAGGGGAGGCGAGGGGCUGUGCCCUGCGUGAGGACUCACCCCCGCGCUCUGUCCUGGCUUCGCUCCCCCUCACCACGGUGCCUUAUUCUUCAUCCCGGGACGGCCUCCUGAAGGCAGGGCCCUGGGAAGGACUGGCCACUGGGGGCGCCCUGGUUGCCGUGGGCCCUGGUGCUCAGCAGGAGGCCAGGAGGGCCUGGGACUCAGGGGCUGCUCUUUUCCCUGAGGUCAGGGGUCAGGAGGAGUGGGUGGGGCUGGAGUAACUUCAGAGCAGCAGGAGCCGACAGAGGAGUCAGGUGGGUGGGACAGUGGGAACAGAGCAAUAAAGCGACCUGUCCGA